AUGGGUGUAUUAGAAAAUAUAGUACCUGGUGAGCUUUAUGAUGCGAACUAUGAUCCAGAUCUUUUGAAAAUUAGAAAAGAGACUAAAAUGAAACUGUACGAAUACAACACUCUUAGCCCUGCUGAUGAAAAUAAAAAGAGCCGGGUUAUAAGAGAAUUACUUGGUAGUUGCACUGAUAACUUUAUAAUUGAACCGCCGUUUUAUUGUGAUUACGGUAGUAACAUCUACAUCGGAGACAACUUUUACGCCAAUCACAAUCUUGUUAUAUUGGAUGGGGCCAAGGUAGUCAUCGGUGACAACGUAUUUAUUGCCCCUAAUGUUGGUAUUUAUACGGCAGGUCAUCCAAUUGACGUGGAAAGACGCCUUCAGGGAUUAGAGUAUGCCAUGCCUGUGACUAUUGGAGACAACGUAUGGAUUGGAGGUGGUGUGUCAAUAAUUCCUGGAGUGAAUAUAGGUAAAAACUCCGUGAUUGCUGCUGGUAGUGUUGUGAUUCGUGACAUACCAGAAAAUGUAGUGGCAGCAGGUAAUCCUUGUAAGGUGAUAAGAAAGAUCGUUGAAAAGGAUAGUACAACUACAAACUAUCGAAAAUGA